CGCGCAGCCUCGCCCGGCGCUGCCUGCAGGCUCCUCUGUGGCCCGGCGGGUCCACGGUCGCCGGCGCCGAGAUGCGCCCCCUGCUUGGCUUCCUGCUGGUCUUCGUCUGCUGCACCUUCGCCCUGUACUUGCUGUCGACGCGACUGCCCCGCGGGCGGACGCUGGGCCCGGACGAGGAGACUGGAGGCAGGUCACUGUGGUUCCCCUCAGACUUGGCCGAGCUGCGGGAACUUUCUGAGGUCCUUCGAGAGUACCGGAAGGAGCACCAGGCCUACGUGUUCCUGCUGUUCUGCAGUGCCUACCUCUACAAACAGGGCUUUGCCAUCCCUGGCUCCAGCUUCCUGAACAUUUUAGCUGGUGCUUUGUUUGGACCAUGGCUGGGGCUUCUGCUGUGUUGUGUGUUGACAUCAGUGGGCGCCACAUGCUGCUAUCUGCUCUCUAGUAUUUUUGGCAAACAGCUGCUGGUCUCCUACUUCCCUGAUAAAGUAUGCCUGCUGCAGAGGAAGGUGGAAGAGAACAGAAACAGCUUGUUUUUUUUCUUACUGUUUUUGAGACUUUUCCCCAUGACACCAAACUGGUUCUUGAACCUCUCAGCUCCGAUUCUGAACAUCCCGAUUGUGCAUUUCUUCUUCUCUGUUCUGAUCGGUUUGGUCCCAUACAAUUUUAUCUGUGUGCAGACAGGCUCCAUCCUGUCAACUCUGACCUCUCUGGAUGCUCUUUUCUCCUGGGAAACGGUCUUCAAGCUUUUGGCCAUUGCUCUGGUGGCCUUAGUUCCUGGAACCCUCAUUAAAAAAUUUAGUCAAAAGGACCUGCAUUUGAAUGAAAUAAGCAACACUAAUCAUCUAAACAGUAGAAAGGACACGUGAUCUGGGUUUUUGGUUGCCAUGUCUUUGGACUUUGUUGUUUAUUUGUAUAAUGGGUGUGGUCCUGUGCAGCCCGUCAUUGUUUUUUAAUUACCCUCAACAGGUGAUUUUGGACACUAUAUAUCUGUGUGCAGUGUUUUUAUAAAGGACGCUCUGUUCUAGAAGGUGAACUGUAUCAGGUUCUCAAACCAGUCCUGGUUUAGCAGGGCACUCCGUGAAACGGAUGGCCUUCUAGAAAAUCCUAUUUGUAUUUUGUUGAAAAACAAGGAACUCAGGAUGGUCUGUUGUAUUUGUCUCUCAGCAAACCCUGCGCUGCUUCAGGAGAGGAUGCUGAUUGUCCUUAUCCAGAGUGCCUCUUCUGCAAAGUGAUAGGCUGUUGUGACAGGUGUUCUGUUAAAUCCCUGGUGGAUGUUACUGGUGUAAAUGAUGUGAACCCACAUCACUGACAUUACCUUUUAUCCUGUUAGUCUCAUGGAGAGUGUUUUC